UGCGAUUUUCAUAUACACAUCGCUACUGUCGCCGGUUCAUAGACGGAAAAAUUUUCAUCUAUAGUCCACAUUAAAGCAAUUGCGUGGCAAUGGCGAACAAUAACUAUGCCGGGUUCAACUACGGCGGCACCCAGUACAACACGGGACAAGUGACGUACCCGGCGGUAACUAAUGCAACAUAUGCAAAUGCGGCUGCCUAUCAAAAUGCUGCUGUUGCUGCUGGCCAAGGUGGUGGCGGGGGCGGGUAUGCAGCGGCCGGCGCUGGUGCUGCGGGCUAUGGCGGCUAUGGUGACUACAGAAGCGCCAUGCAGUCUUACGACGCAACCAAGACAUUCUACCAGCAAGCGCCGGCCAGCUACAACACGGCCUCGGCGGCGGCAGCAGCUGCAGCAGUCAGCAAGACGCAUUACUCGGCACCGCCCGUCAAGAACCCCAAUUCAGCACAAAAAGGCAUGGGUAAAAUGGACAAAUCGAAUGGCACGCCAAAGCCACCUCCGAAUGUGGCAUCUGGCAACAAUUAUAGUGGCUACGAUACUGCGCUCUAUAAUGCUGCCAGCAUGUAUGUGGCCCAACAGCAUCCCGGUCCGCAGCAGAAGCCCAACGGUGGUGCCAACAACAGCUGGUAUCAACGCAAGAUGGGCCCAACCAUUCCUGGAGCGGCUGCUUUGCGUGGCCUGCGUCCAAAGGCGCCGCCACGCCCACAGCAGCUGCAUUACUGUGAGGUGUGCAAGAUUUCGUGCGCCGGUCCGCAAACGUAUCGGGAGCAUCUCGAAGGGCAGAAGCACAAGAAGCGUGAGGCAUCACUCAAGAUGCAGGCAACUGCCACCAACAGCACACAGAAUCGUGGCAACAACUAUCACUGCGAGCUGUGCGACGUCACCUGCACUGGCACCGAUGCCUAUGCCGCCCAUGUGCGAGGCGCCAAGCACCAGAAGGUUGUGAAGCUGCACCAGAAGCUCGGCAAGCCAAUACCAUCCGAUGAGCCCAAGAAGAUGGGCAAGAUUAACUUUGUACCAGCUGCCGGACCGAAUGCUACCGCUGCGGCUGCAUCUGCAUCAUCAGUCAAGCCAGAAUCAGCUGAUACCGAGGCAGCGAACAGUGGAGCAGCUGGAGGAACCCCAUCUGAAAACAUGGAUGAUCUUGACGAUUCGUUGGGUGAGAAUACGGACAACAUUAAGCCGGUGGGUGGCGAGUACAUUGAGGAAGUCAAGGACGACGAGGGCAAGAUUCUCAGCUUCAAUUGCAAGCUGUGCGACUGCAAGUUCAACGAUCCCAAUGCCAAAGAGAUGCACAUGAAAGGACGUCGCCAUCGCUUGCAAUACAAGCGUAAAGUGCAACCAGAUCUUGUCGUUGACUUUAAGCCCACUCCGCGUCAACGUCGUCUGGCCGAGGCACGUGCUCAGCGCGCUCUCAUGUCCUCACAUCGUGGCGAUGACCACGAAGGGGGCAACUACUGGGAGGAACAGCGCAGUCGUCAAUAUACUGAAGAAUACGACUAUAAUAACUGGAUGUCUCGCAGCUUUGGAGGAGCUCAACGCUUUGGGCGAGUCGGCAAUGGUCCACCGCCGCACUUUGGCAUGAUGCCCGGAGUUGGCAAUGUGCGUCGUCCGGAAAGCACCGAUGAUCGUCAUGCAAUUGCUCGCCACGCUGAGAUCUAUCCCAAGGAGGAGGAGCUUCAGACAAUUCAACGCAUUGUCUCUCACACUGAACGCGCUCUCAAGCUCGUCUCGGAUGCUCUGGUCGAGUUGCCAAACACUGCGGCAGCCAGCGAGGACGGCCCGACCGCCAAGAAGGAGAAAUCGGAUAAACCUUCGGAGAAGGAUGGACGUGAUAAUCAGAUAUUCUCAUUUCACAAGGAUGCCGACAAUGGCGGCAAUGUGGUGCGCAUCUUGAAGGGCGUCAUGCGUGUUGGCUACUUGGCCAAGGGUCUACUGCUCCAUGGCGACACUGCCGUUGAGCUGGUCGUCCUCUGUGCAGAGAAGCCAACAACAAGUCUGCUACAGCGUGUCGCCAAUCUGUUGCCCGACAAGCUCAAGGAGGUGGCAGGUGACACCCAGGUUAACUAUCGCGUCGAGGUUAAUGCCGAGGAGGCUUCUGUUAUUGUGCUAGAUGAAGUGGUCGCUGUUAAGAUUACUCUCACAUCGCCGCUACUGCGGGAAACUUGUGAACCUGCCACUGCAAUGAAGGUUGAUGAUGCUGCCUCAGCCUCAACAGCUACAGACGAAUCAGACUUUUUGCCACGUGAGCCAUGCUUGCGGGCACUCGCUGACUUGCGUCAUGCCAAAUGGUUCCAGGCACGUGCAACUGGCUUGCAGUCGUGCGUCAUGGUUAUUCGUAUAUUGCGUGAUCUUUGCCAGCGCGUCUCAUCGUGGCAAUCGCUGCCACAGUGGUCGCUGGAAUUGCUGGUGGAGAAGGUCAUCUCGUCGGCUGGUUUCCCCAUCUCCCCUGGCGACUGUUUGCGCCGCAUUAUGGAGGCAUUAUCUUCGGGAUUUCUGAUUAAUGGUCCUGGUCUGCUGGAUCCGUGCGAGAAGGAUCCAACCGAUGCUCUGCAGCAACUUACCAAGCAGGAGCGUGAAGAUCUCACAGUGUCGUCGCAAUUGUUCCUGCGAUACAUUGCUUUCCGGCAGAUGUUCAAAGUGCUCGGCAUGGAUCAGCUGCCAGCUAUGAAAUAUCCCUUACGCCCAUGGCGCAUCAAUCGCAAACGUCGUCGCUCUUCGGGUAAGGCGGGAACGUCGGGAGCUGAAGCGGAUCCCGCAGACAUCGAAGAGACCGGAUCGGAUGAGAAGGUGGCCAAGAAGGAUAUAACCCCGGCUGUUUCCGGCUAGGCCCGAGUGCCCAGCAAUCAGCAAUAGAAAUACGUAGUCGACAUAAAAAAAUAUGAAUUAACAUUUUUUUCUCAAUCUUAUUGCGUAACAAAAUGCGCCCGAUAACUAUACACUAUUUCCAUUCAAACUAAUUGAAUCUGGACAUUUGAUAUGUUGUUUAUCAUGUUCAAGAACAACCGUAAAUAGCAGCCCUAAACUAACAAUAUUAAUAACUAAUUAAAUUAAUGGCAUUUUGCUAGAUUAUGCAGAAAUUAAUGCAAAUUAUAAUUGUAUUCGAUUAGUCGUGGAUGUGUUGAUUCUCUAUACACAUAAAAUAUGUACUCAACUGUCCCCACUGCGCGUUUCAAACAUUAUAAAACAGAAACAAAAUAAAUUUUAAUAAAAAUACCUAUACAACAUAA